ACUUCGAGUACACGCCCUCCUCCACCUACGUUACCAGGCUGCUGCUGCUCGACUGUUGUGCACAGACUGGUUUGCUGCUGACAGAAAUGGCCACUUUAUUAAGACGAGCGGCGAGGGUUUCUUUUUCUGGGUCUCUGCUCUCUGCAGGCAGCAGACAUGGCAGAGUCCACGCUUUGUCGUACUUCGGCUCCAACAACAGAAACUCAUCAACCUCAUCCAAAAUCAAGGUGGACCUGGACAGCAGCUCUGGUAUUGCUGUGGUGAAGUUCCAGGGUCCUCCAGUCAACAGCAUGGGCGUGGACUUCCUGACUGAGAUGGCCAUCAGUUUAGACAAGCUUGAGCUUGACAAGAACUGCAGAGGAAUUAUUCUGACCUCUGCAGUGCCAAAGAUUUUCUCCGCGGGCCUGGACAUCAUGGACAUGUACGAGAAGACCCCGGAGCACUACGAGCAGUUUUGGAGGGGUGUGCAGGACCUGUGGCUGAAACUGUACAGCUCCAGCAAGAUUAUGAUCGCUGCCAUUAACGGUGCCAGUCCUGCAGGAGGCUGUCUGAUGGCUUUGACUUGUGACUACAGGAUCUUGGCUGACAAUCCUCGCUACAAAAUAGGCCUCAAUGAAGCACAACUUGGCAUAGUUGCACCAUUCUGGUUUAAGGAUUCCAUGGUGAACACUGUGGGCUACAGAAUAACGGAGGAGUCCAUUCAGUUUGGCGUGAUGUACAGCCCCGCCGACGCCCUGAAGAUCGGCCUGGUGGACCAGGUGGUCCCCGAGGAUAAAGUUUUCAGCACAGCCACAGAGACUAUGGAGAAGUGGUUUGACAUCCCAGAUCACGCCCGGCAGAUAAGCAAGUCUAUGAUGAGGAAGCCUACAAUAGACAGAAUGCUGGCCAACAGAGAAGAUGACAUUAAAAACUUUGUCGGUUUCAUCUCCAAGGACUCAAUCCAGAAGUCUCUCGGGAUGUACAUGGCCAUGCUGAAGAUGAAGAAGGGUUAAGGACUGAAUGCCGUCGGUUUCAGUUGCCCUCAGUGUUGGGUUAUGUUUUGUUGGAUUAUGUGUUUUUUGUGCCUUGGGCUUUUUUCUGGCAUCUGUGUCAAUUUUUGAAUUAAACUUGACUUGAAAUAAUCCUGCAUAUAGUCUGCCUAGUGGCAGUGAAACUGGCUUUAAUUCAGUAUGAUUAUAAUUCAUUAAAUCUCUAAUUCCAUUGUGAAAAUACACCAAGUAUUUACACAGUAGGUCAAUAAAGACAAUAACAGCAAUUUAUCAAACUUUUUCACAUUUAAAUAAUCAGAAAAUGUUAUUUUAGAACAAAAAAGGUGCAAACAUGAUUGUUUAGAUAAAACUGUUAAGCAUACACAACGCCUACAUAAGCCUUUCAUGACAAUUGACAUAAACCUAUGUAAAUUCCAAACAAGCGUCAGUUCAUCUGACAGUUUCUGAGGCGAAGUGGACAAAAGCAGCCUUUUCAGUGGUCACUGCUGGAGUCUUCAUAAAGUUUGUCAGUUGUUAUUAAAGGCUUAUGCAGGUAUGAUGUAGCCUUACAAAUGCUGCCCUUCAGUAAAGUGUUACUGAAUGUUGUUAUAAUGCACUAUAAACUGUUAUAAUGUUCCAAAUUCAAUGUAGCUGAAUCGCCGCCUUCACAUGUGCUUUAACCCUCCUAUUAUCUUUGGGGUCAGUUUGACGCCAUUCACUGUUCAGCGUCUCUAAAUAAAUGACUUUUUUGCUUCAUA